CUCCUACACAACAGCCGGUCCAGCUUUUGUUGUUCGGUUAGCACCAGCGAAACGCAGAGCGAGAGGCCGAGGAAGCGAUAGCUCUAGCGAUAAGGCACUGACGGAUCAAUGGCUGCCACGGCGUACUCCGUGGCCCUCCUCGGUGGGGCGCGCCUCCCCGCCGCCACCGGCAACCUCGCCCCCCGCUCCUCCGCACUCCUCCCGCGGCGCAACCUCCACCCGCUCCGCCUCCAAGAUGCGCCCAGGCCGUCCCUGCUCCGCGUGAAGGCCGCCUCCGACGACACGUCGGCUAGCGGCGACGAGAUCAUCGAGGACCUGAAAGGGAAGUGGGAGGCGAUUGAGGACAAGCCCACCUUCCUCCUCUACAGCGGCGGCGCCGUCGUGGCUCUCUGGCUCACCACCGUCGUCGUCGGCGCCAUCAACUCCGUGCCGUUGCUCCCCAAGCUCCUGGAGCUGGUUGGGCUCGGCUACACCGGGUGGUUCGUGUACCGCUACCUCCUCUUCAAGGAAAGCAGGAAAGAGUUGGCCACCGACAUCGAGAGCUUGAAGAAGAAGAUCGCCGGAACAGAAUAAACUCAAGUUCUCUGGAACGUUUUUUAUGGCUCUUUUGUCUGUCCAUGUAAUGGAAGAACACCUACUUGCUUAGAGUACCAUCCACUGCAUUUGUGUGUUACAUACAUAUCUGUAUGAACAAAGAAAUAUGCUUUGGUUGGUGUGCGGUGACAAUAGUGAAAUUGUAUCAGUUUCUGGAAGUCUUCUAUUGUUUUCUAUAUCAAUGUGUUCAUAUGGGAAACGUGAUCCGUCGAA